AUGGCAGCACAACCCCAAACCGCCAGCGAGCUUCCCCUGGAGGAGCUGCUGGCUUUGUAUGGCUAUACAAUGUCAGAUCCAGAGAAGGAAACAUGUGUGAUAGCCACCAGCUUACCAGACAUGAAACAGGAUCAGAUAACUAAAGAUCUGUUUCAUGGGAGGAGAGAAAAAGAAGUGUCAGCCUGUGAUUUCACCUCCUCAAACACCUCAGAUCUACUUUGCUGCCUUCAGGACAAAUCCUUGUCUGUCAGCUCAUCAGAUGAGGACCCAGAUGGUGCCUCCAUUCCCUCCAAUGAAGAGCACAAGGAGAUAAUGGUUGGGUCCAUGUAUCAAGCAAAAAUACCUCCUAUAAGCCCUUAUACCUGCCAGGAGAGAGCCUUCAGCGGUGAAGACCAGCUGCUGUGGAAGCCCGAGAUUCUCCCAGUGCAGGAAGUAGAAGAGUUUUUACUGAAUGCACAGAGGGGUCAUGGCCAGCAGGGGGCAGUAUGCAACCAAAGUGCCACUAUUCAAGACAAUGAGCAGGCGUUAUAUGAAUUAGUAAAAUGCAACUUCAAUGCAGAAGAAGCACUGAGGCGAUUGCGGUUCAACGUGAAAGUGUUCAGCGAGGAGCUGUGUUCUUGGAGUGAGGAGGAGUGUAGAAACUUUGAGCGCGGCUAUCGUGUUUAUGGGAAAGACUUCCAUCUCAUUCAGGCUAAUAAGGUACGAACACGCUCUGUGGGCGAGUGUGUGGAGUAUUACUACAUGUGGAAGAAGUCUGAACGGCAAAUCUACUUUAACCAACAGGCUACUAGGAUAAGCCGAAAGAAGUACAGCCAGCAGUCAGGGAAUGGUGAGGAUGGAGACCAGGGGGGAGAGGGGGGAGAUCUCAAGGGAAGCAACAUUUCCUCUGGGAUGCUGUCACAAAGCUCUAUGGGAACUGGGCCGCUGGAGUCUCCGUUAGCUCCACAUGCAAACCUGGAUCUAAACAAACAAGAUGGUGAGCUGAUGAGGAGUCUGUCAGAGCUGUGUGGUGAUGAAUGCACUCAGCAGCUGUUCGAGUGUCCGUUCUCUUUCCGACCCGUGGAUGACCCACAGGUUCCUGGCUCUGGCAUUUGUCUAAUCCAGCUCCAGUCUCAGCCCUCGGCACAAAGCCUCGAAUGGGCCUCACCGUCCCACCAUGACGACCACGGCCUCCUGAACUCCUGCUUUUACCAGCUCCACAUGCGAGGUGGACCUUUCGUUUCUGAGGGCUCUGACUGUGACCCAGCGGGUGGUGGGACUCACGCCCCUUGUGGGCUGCAGGUUGAGUUUGGCCUACCUUCCACUACUCCAUCAACUGCUGUCCUCUCAUCACACUCCCAGGCGUUUGGCAGCCUGCUGCACCCCUAACCCGUCCAUCAUACCCCCCCAACUGAAAA